GCAAAGCUCAGAGCACUGAAGCUCUGACUUCACAUCUAUCCCCAAGGAUGGCUCCCCAGACCGGCUCCACGGAAAAAGAGGCAGGACCUGGUUCAGCUUAUCUCCAGCUCUUCACUUGGGAUGAGAUCAGGAUCCAGAAUGGUCGUGGCCAGGGUCAGGAGCAGUGGCUGGUGAUUGACAGGAAGGUUUACGAUGUCACCAAGUUCUCCAAACGCCACCCAGGAGGCAGCAGGGUUAUGAAGCACUAUGCUGGGCAGGAUGCCACGGAUGCUGUUGUAGCAUUUCACAAUGACAAGUCACUGGUGAAAAAAUACUUGAAAUCACUGCUGAUUGGGGAGUUGGCACCAGAUCAACCCAGCUUUGAGUCCAAUAAAAAAAAAUCCCUUUUGGAGGAUUUUCGUGAGCUGCGCUGCACUAUUGAGAAGAUGGGACUUCUGAGGCCAAAUUCCAUCUUUUUCUUCCUGAUUUUCCUUCACUUCCUGGUACUGGAUGCUGCAUCCUGGCUGGUGGUCUGGUACUUUGGAAUAUCCUUCGUGCCUUUUGUGGUUGGCAUGGCACUCUUCACCACUGCUCAGAUCCAGAUGGGCUGGUUCCAACAUGAUCUGGGGCACUGCUCUGUCUUAAGGAAGCCUAAAUGGAAUCGAAUUCUGCAGAUAGUUGUGAUAAAUGUUCUGAAGGGGUUGUCAGCCAGCUGGUGGAAUCACCUGCACAACCAGCACCAUGCCAAACCCAACUGCUUCCGUAAAGACCCCGACCUCAACAUGCACCCUCUGCUCUUCAGCCUGGGCAAGACCCUCUCAAAGGAGCUUGGAAAAAAGAAGAAGAAGUUCAUGCCUUACAAUUAUCAGCACAAGUAUUUCAUCUUUUUGGCCCCACUUGCACUUGUGCCCUUCUUCCAGCUGUCUAUAUUCUACUUUACAAUCAAGAGGAAGAAGUGGUUGGACCUGUUGCUGUUUGUGUCUUUCAACAUCCGAGUCUGCCUCAUGUAUAUUCCUUUAAUGGGAUUUAACAAUUUCAUGGUGUACUACUGGGUAUCCAGGUACCUAGAGAGCACCUGGUUUAUUUGGGUGUCACAGAUGAAUCACAUUCCAAUGGACAUUGAUUAUGAUAAGAACAAGGACUGGGUGUCUACUCAGCUCCAUGCAACUUGCAAUGUGAACCAAUCUUUUUUCAAUGACUGGUUCACUGGGCACUUGAACUUCCAAAUUGAGCACCACCUUUUCCCCACAAUGCCCAGACACAACUACUGGAAAGCAGCUCCUCUGGUGAAAGCUCUCUGUGUUAAGCAUGGUGUGGAGUAUAAAACCAAGACUUUACUGGAAGCCUUUGUAGAUAUCUUGAAUUCACUGAAGGAUUCUGGGGAGCACUGGCUUGAAGCAUAUCUGCAUGGAUAG